AUGGAUGCAGAUCCGGAUGAUGACAGUCUCUUGCCAAAUCCUAAGCGCAGGAGAGCACUUCGAAAAGGAACUCGAAGCUGCUGGGAAUGCAGGCGACGAAAAAUCCGGUGCAUGUAUGCAUCGCCUUCCGAUGAAGUUUGCAUCGGCUGUUCUAAACGCUGCAGCAUCUGCAUCAGUCAAGAGUUUCCAGACCAGACAACUACGCCUGUAGCGAGAAGUCGACUGGUAGGCGAGCGCAUCGGACGAGUUGAGGCUCUUGUCCAGGGACUUGUCAAACUUGCCGGGAGCCCUACGUCCGCUACAUCGGAGUCUGGUCAUCCAGUCUCUGAAGGGUACUCGGCUGAAACACCGUCCUCCGAUACAGACGGGUCUAUAUCUCCAGUCGGAGAGGUUUCCAACAGCCAGGGAAACCUUGACAAGAUCUCGCGGCAGCUCCUGGAUAUGUACCCAUCAGCAAGCGAUAUGAAAGUCGUGUUUGAUUCCUGUGGUGUACUAUCCACAUAUUUCACCAAGGUGCUUGUAAAACCGUAUCAGGAACUCAGCGAUUCUGAACUAGAGUGCAUAACCGAACUCACCGCUCGUCAUACACACCAGACGCACCCUGUCCUCAUUGCGCGCCAGAUGCUUCAAAUUGCGAUUGUACUGCAGCAAGCUGGCCACAAUGGCUGGAAAAGACUGUCGGAACCAGCUGCCACAUUAACGGAGCGGCUUGCUGACACUGCGAUACGGCUAGUGACGAAAAAUGACGACAUGAUGGGUAGUCUUGAGGCCAUUGUGUGCGUGCUUCUAGAAUCAAUCUACCAGUCCAACAGAGGCGAUCUGCGUCGAUCCUGGUUAACAAUCCGAAGAGCUAUUGGCAUUGCCCAGCUGAUGAACAUUCAUCGUCGCAACCGCCAGUCCUUGGAAUCCAUUGAUCCUACGAACCCAAUCGAUCCUCAGUUCCUUUGGUACCGGCUUAUGUAUGCGGACCGUUGUGUGAGUUUGAUGCUGGGACUCUCACAAGCCUCGACUGACGCUGCGAUGGCUUCUGAUGCAACAAUGAAAAACGAGACAGAGCUAGGGAGGCUAGAGAGACUAGAAUGCGCCGCGGUGAGCAGAAUCCUCGAGCGAAAUGAGCAUGGGCCAAGCCCUGACGAUUUGUCCGUGACCUUGGACAUCGAUGCCGAGCUGCAGAGAGCCGCCAGCACGAUGCCCAGCCGGUGGUGGCUGGCGCCCUCCCUAUCUACAGUCGAGGGUGACGUGCAGCUGUUUUGGGAAAUUUCUAGACUGCUCGCUCAGAUUAAUCAUUACAACCUAUUAAACCAACUACACCUGCCGUAUAUGUUGUCUUCGUCAAAUCCGGAAAAUGCUGAACAGAGACAUCGCUACGACUACAGCCGCAUCACCUGCGUCAGCGCCAGCCGCGAACUGCUGACCCGCUACGCAGCCUAUCGGAAAUUCAACAAGGUCGCUUACUGCUGUCGCGUGCUCGAGUUUGUAGCUCUUUUGGCAUCGCUGACGCUGCUGAUGGCCCACCUAGAUGGCCACCGGGCGGCGAGGCAAGGGGGAGAUAGCACCAACGUCCUUGUGCACUUGCGCUUCUCCGAUCGCGCCAUCAUGGAACAAGUUCUCGAUAACAUGCGGCAGCUGGGCGAAGUCAACAGCGGAGACGUCAUGAGCGCCAAGAGCGCAGCUCUGCUACGCCACCUCUUGGAUUUCGAGGAGGACGCCGCUCGGGGCUCGAGGUACAGCAUUGAGAAGGAUCCCGAGAACAACACGGGUAGCGGGUGCUGCGACAGCGGCGGCAGUGGCCAUCAGACCGUCGUGGGCGACUUCACGAGCAGCAGCGGCAUUUUCCAGAUGUGGGUGCCAUAUAUCGGGUCCGUUUCUAUCACCUUGGAUGGCGGGGUGACAAAACGAUCAAGGCAAUUGGUUCAAGCAUCAAACAAGGGAGAUGUCUUAACUGCACCGACGACAGAAACACAAGAAGACGAGGCAACACUAGAUAUCCACGGAGCUCCGAUGGAAAUCGCCGCUGGCUCUGCUGCUCAUUCUGCACAGUCAUCUGAAUUCGGGCCAUCAUCAGAGGACCUUUCAGACCAAGCUGUACCGCGACUCUCGGACCUUAUGGGAUAUUCAGCAACAUUCCCAGCACAGCAUCCGUAUACUGGCAUAACUGCCGGUGCUGAGCAGUGGGCAUUUCAAGGUGUGGACACGGCUUUUUUCGAAAAUCUGAUGCGAGAAUCGAAUUUCCAGUCAGAUAAUAAUGAAGCCGUUAAUACUUGGUUCUAA